AUGGAAUCUGAGUUUAUUGAACUGUUCAAGGGCUUUGUCGAGUCUUAUCGCACACCACAGGACAAGGAUAUUGGAGAGGUGAUUUCCAAGCUUCCAUACGAGGACUACCAGAGAAUUAUUUUGAAUAUAAACGAUAUGCGUGCGUUUGAUAAAACACUCGCCAAGGGGAUUCUGGAGGAACCGGGGACUCUAGUUCCAUUCGCCGAAGAUGAGCUAAGCGAUAUGGGUGGGAGAAAGAUAUUCCUUGGAGUCAAGGGAUCGUUUGGAGAUCAUCUUCUCAAUCCUAGAACCUUGACGAGUGUAUAUAUAGGAAAGAUGGUCUCUGUGGAGGGAAUAGUUACGUCUUGUUCUAUAUGCAGGCCCAAGAUCAUGAGAAGUGUGCACUACAAUCGAUUGAAAAAUGUAUUUUAUUCCAAGGAGUAUAGAGAUGCCACAAUGGUAACAAAACUCCCUGUUACAAAUACAGUGUAUCCUACCCGAGACAUGGACGGGACUCUGUUAACAACGGAGUUUGGGCUUUCAGAGUAUUUUGACCACCAAACCAUUGUUUUACAGGAGAUGCCAGAGAAAGCACCUCCUGGACAACUUCCCAGGUCUGUGGAGGUGAUAUUGUCUUUUGACUUGGUUGACCAACUCAAGCCUGGAGAUAGAACAAAGAUCUAUGGAAUUUAUAAGAGUCUUUGCUUUGGAAACCAGCAAUUUCCCUCAAGAUUUCGAACAGUUAUAGUCGCAAAUAACAUUGAAAAAAUACAAGAAGAAGAAGGAGAAACAGAGCCGGAGAUGGAGAUGGAAUUUGAAGUACUAUCGAAGAUGAAAAACAUCCAUAAUUCGAUUGCGCCCAGCAUAUUUGGACAUGACAUCAUCAAGAAAUCCAUAGCCUUACUUCUGGUUGGGGGAAAUGAAGUUGUGAUGAAGAAUGGUAGCAAGAUAAGAGGGGAUAUAAAUAUCCUACUGGUUGGAGAUCCUUCAACAGCAAAGAGCCAGCUUCUUAGAUAUGUGCUCAAUGCGGCGCAGCUAUCCGUUCCAACUACUGGGAAGGGAUCCAGUGGGGUAGGGCUGACUGCAGCGGUGGUUCUGGACAAAGACACAGGAGAAAAAAGGUUGGAAGCCGGAGCAAUGGUGUUAGCAGACAGAGGAGUGGUCUGUAUUGAUGAAUUUGACAAAAUGAGUGAUGGAGACCGGGUUGCAAUUCACGAAGUAAUGGAACAGCAGACAGUUACGAUAGCAAAAGCAGGGAUUCACACGACGUUGAAUGCUAGAUGCUCGGUGUUAGCAGCAGCAAAUCCUAUCUGGGGCCAAUACAAAGAAUCAAGACCUCCCCAAGACAACGUAAGACUUCCCGAAAGUCUCCUAACACGGUUUGAUCUCAUAUUUGUAACUCUUGACAAGUCCAAUGCAGACACUGACCAGCUGAUCUCAGAACAUGUGCUAAGAAUGCAUAUGCUUGGACAGGGAUAUGAGGAAGAAGGGAUAGGAAUCAAGCAAGAGGUAUUUCGAGCAUAUAUUCAACACUGCAGAAGAAAAAAACCGGUUCUCAGCCGAGAGGCGUCCAGACUUAUAGUGGAAGAGUAUACUCUGCUGAGACAGAGUAAGGAUAGGAAACAACAGAUUGUUUCUAUCACUCCGAGAAUGCUGGAGACAAUGAUUCGUCUUGCCACUGCAAAUGCAAAGCUAAGGCUGAGCGAUGUAGUUGAGUACGACGAUGCGGAAUGUGCAGUGAAUCUAAUUAAGGACUCUCUAUUCCAGAAGGUGAUCAAGACAUCCAAAAGGAUCAAAGUUGGGGGAGCAGAGCCGCAAGAUGAGUUUGACCUGGUUGAUGAAAAGGGUACACUGAAACAACGCCUAGAAGAGGCUAUGAUUGAUGAGGACAAAGUCGACUUUGUAAGCCACGCACUAUAUGAUUAUAGUGCAGAUCCAAAAAACCCUAGAGUGCUGGAUAUCAAGGACUUUAUGGAAUAUCUUGGAGUAGACGUGAGCGUUACAGAGCCAGAAGUGGAAGCCAUCCUCUCGGGAUUAGCAGAAAAAGACUUAAUCCUGUUUGAAAAUGGAAGAAUAUACCUACUGAAUUGA